AUGUCAGGCACUGGCGGAGGCGGCUCCUCGGCACCCGGCCGCUUCGCCGACUACUUCGUGAUCUGUGGGCUGGACACCGAGACCGGGCUGGAGCCGGACGAGCUCUCGGCACUAUGCCAGUAUAUACAGGCCUCUAAAACCCGAGAUGGUGCCGGCUGUUUCAUUGCAAGUGCAGUAGAAGGUGAAAAUUUUGAACAGACUCCAUUAAGACGCACAUUUAAGUCCAAAGUUCUUGCUCGUUAUCCUGAGAAUGUAGAAUGGAAUCCUUUUGACCAGGAUGCAGUGGGAAUGCUGUGUAUGCCUAAAGGGCUUGCUUUCAAGACCCAAGCCGAUUCCAGAGACCCUCAGUUCCAUUCAUUUAUAAUCACCCGUGAAGAUGGCUCGCGGACAUUUGGGUUUGCUCUCACAUUUUAUGAGGAAGUUACUAGCAAGCAAAUCUGUAGUGCAAUGCAGACAUUGUAUCAUAUGCACAAUGCUGAAUAUGACAUUCUGCAAAUUCCACCCACAAAUGACAAAGAUAGCUGUAGCAGCAUAGAAGACUGUAAUGGAACUUCUGUAUCAAAGCUACAGCGUUUUAACUCGUAUGAUAUUAGCAGAGACACACUGUAUGUCUCUAAGUGCAUUUGUCUGAUUACCCCAAUGUCUUUCAUGAAGGCUUGUAAGAAAGUACUAGAGCAACUUCACCAAGCUGUAACUUCUCCUCAACCACCACCAUUACCUUUGGAAAGUUACAUCUACAAUAUUCUCUAUGAGGUUCCUCUUCCUCCAGCAGGGAGAUCCUUAAAAUUUUCAGGUGUUUAUGGACCAAUUAUCUGCCAGAGACCAAGCACCAGUGAACUGCCAUUAUUUGACUUUCCAGUUAAAGAAGUUUUUGAAUUACUUGGAGUGGAAAAUGUGGUUCAGCUCUUUACUUGUGCUCUUCUGGAAUUUCAGAUACUGCUUUAUUCACAGCAUUACCAGAGAUUGAUGACGGUGGCAGAGACCAUCACAGCACUAAUGUUUCCAUUCCAAUGGCAGCACGUAUAUGUUCCCAUCCUGCCAGCCUCUCUCCUUCAUUUCCUAGAUGCCCCUGUCCCUUAUUUGAUGGGCUUGCACUCCAAUGGACUGGAUGACAGGUCUAAGCUGGAACUGCCUCAAGAGGCUAACCUGUGCUUUGUGGAUGUAGACAACCAUUUCAUUGAGCUUCCAGAGGAUUUGCCCCAAUUCCCGAAUAAACUCGAAUUCAUUCAGGAAAUCUCUGAGAUCCUAAUGGCGUUUGGAAUUCCACCUGAGGGAAACCUGCACUGUAGUGAAAGCGCCUCAAAGAUGAAAAACCUCCGAGCAUGUGACAUAGUUUCUGAUAAAAGAAAUGGGAACAUAGCAGGAUCACCUUUAAAUUCAUAUGAACUGCUAAAGGAAAAUGAGACCAUAGCAAGGCUUCAAGCACUUGUUAAAAGAACAGGUGUGAGCCUUGAAAAGCUGGAAGUGCGAGAGGAGACCAGUAGCAACAAGGAUCUCAAGGUUCAAUGCGACGAAGAAGAGUUCCGGGUUUAUCAGCUGAACAUUCAAAUCAGAGAAGUUUUUGCCAACCGUUUUACGCAGAUGUUCGCAGACUAUGAAGUAUUUGUCAUUCAGCCAAGUCAGGACAAGGAGUCUUGGUUUACCAACAGGGAGCAGAUGCAGAACUUUGAUAAAGCAUCUUUCUUGUCAGACCAGCCUGAACCUUACUUGCCUUUUCUCUCAAGAUUUCUGGAGACACAGAUGUUUGCGUCUUUUAUCGACAAUAAGAUUAUGUGCCAUGACGAAGAUGACAAAGACCCAAUUUUGAGAGUGUUCGAUUCUAGAGUAGAUAAAAUUAGACUGUUAAAUGUUAGGACACCAACUCUGCGCACAUCUAUGUAUCAAAAGUGCACUACCAUUGAUGAGGCAGAGAAAGCUAUUGAAUUAAGGCUUGUAAAAAUAGAUCACACUGCGGUCCACCCACACUUAUUAGAUAUGAAGAUUGGCCAAGGGAAGUAUGAACUUGGGUUUUUCCCCAAGCUUCAGUCUGACGUACUCUCCAUAGGACCAGCAAGCAACAAAUGGACAAAGAGAAACGCACCUGCACAGUGGAGGCGGAAAGACAGACAAAAACAACACACAGAGCACCUGCGUCUUGACAAUGAUCAGAGAGAGAAGUAUAUCCAAGAAGCCAGGAAUCUGGGCAGCACCAUUCGUCAGCCUAAGCUGUCUAACCUCUCUCCAUCGGUAAUUGCGCAAACAAACUGGAAAUUUGUUGAAGGCUUACUGAAGGAAUGCCGAAAUAAGACCAAGAGGAUGCUGGUUGAAAAAAUGGGCCGAGAAGCUGUGGAACUAGGUCAUGGUGAGGUGAACAUCACAGGUGUAGAAGAGAAUACGUUAAUAGCCAGUCUUUGUGACCUCUUAGAAAGGAUAUGGAGUCAUGGUCUACAGGUCAAACAGGGAAAAUCUGCUUUGUGGUCUCACUUAUUACAUUACCAAGAAAAUAGGCAGAGAAAGCCCACGUCAGGUAGCUUCAGUACCUCAGGAGUACUUCUUGAUUCAGAAAGGAGGAAGUCAGAUGCCAGCCCAGCCAUGUCGCCCCUGAGAAUCUCUCUCAUACAGGAUAUGAGGCAUAUCCAGAAUAUUGGUGAGAUCAAAACAGAUGUUGGCAAGGCAAGGGCCUGGGUUCGACUGUCCAUGGAAAAGAAGUUACUCUCCAGGCAUCUAAAGCAGCUUCUUUCAGAUCUUGAACUUACAAAAAAACUCUACAAGCGUUAUGCCUUUCUCCGCUGUGAUGAUGAGAAAGAACAGUUCCUCUAUCACCUCCUGUCAUUUAAUGCCGUCGAUUAUUUUUGCUUUACCAAUGUUUUCACAACAAUCUUGAUCCCAUACCAUAUAUUGAUUGUUCCUAGCAAGAAACUUGGUGGCUCAAUGUUCACUGCCAACCCUUGGAUCUGUAUCUCAGGAGAGUUGAGUGAAACAGGAGUCCUACAGAUUCCCAGGAAUAUAUUGGAGAUGACAUUUGAGUGCCAGAACCUGGGAAAACUUACCACAGUACAAAUAGGACAUGAUAAUUCAGGGCUGUACGCCAAGUGGCUAGUGGAAUAUGUUAUGGUCAGAAACGAAAUAACAGGGCAUACUUACAAGUUUCCAUGUGGGAGGUGGCUUGGAAAGGGGAUGGAUGACGGCAGUUUAGAGAGGAUCCUGGUGGGAGAGUUACUAACUUCACAUACCGAGGCAGAUGAAAGGCAGUGCAGAACCCCACCACUGCAGCAGUCACCAAGUAUGAUCAGAAGAUUUGUCACGAUAUCGCCAAAUAAUAAACCAAAGUUAAACACAGGUCAGAUACAGGAAGCUAUUGGUGAAGCAGUGAAUGGCAUUGUCAAGCAUUUCCACAAACCGGAAAAGGAGAGAGGCAGUCUCACUCUGUUGCUGUGUGGAGAAAGUGGACUCGUUUCAGCUCUUGAGCAGGUGUUUCAGCAUGGAUUUAAAUCACCCAGGCUCUUCAAAAAUGUCUUUAUUUGGGACUUUCUAGAAAAAGCACAAACACAUUAUGAGACCCUUGAUCAGAAUGAAAUAGUCCCAGAGGAGAACUGGCAGACUAGAGCCAGGAGUUUUUGUCGCUUUGUCACUGCUAUCAACAACACUCCUAGAAACAUUGGGAAGGAUGGCAAGUUUCAGAUGCUGGUGUGCCUUGGAGCCAGAGACCACCUCUUACACCAUUGGAUCGCCUUGCUUGCAGACUGUCCAAUCACAGCACAGAUGUACGAGGAUAUAGCAUUGAUUAAGGAUCAUACCCUUGUUAAUUCCUUGAUUCGAGUGUUGCAGACCUUGCAGGAGUUCAACAUUACACUGGAGGCUUCCCUCGUCAAAGGAAUAGACAUCUGAUCUGUCUCACCGCAGACAUUUAAAAAAAAGCAACAAGGAACAAAUGUUAUUAGUAUGCAAAGGUUCUUUCUGCUAAUACGUCAUAUUGCGAACUUGUUCAUGGCCACAAAACACAACUUUGACUUUUCUUGAAGGAAACUCAAAAAAUAGUGCAGAAAAAUGGACAGAAGCUGUAAACUCAAUGUUAAAAGGGGGAA